AUGGCUGAUUUGUCUACUUGUCUUCCCUUGACCAGGGAGAGCGUCAUCGAGGCCCACAAGGUCAUCAAGCCCUUGGUUCAUCUGACCCCUGUGUUGAGAAGUUCCGCCUUGUCAAAGCUUGCUUCUACCCCUCAAGAUCCUACCGUCAGCGGCGUGGCGAACCCGGCCAAGCCCGUCAUUCGACUUUCAUUCAAAUGUGAAAACUUACAACGCAUCGGAGCUUUUAAAGCCCGGGGCGCUUUCUACGCUGUUGAAAAGCUGAAGCAAGAGCCUGGUUGGCUCGAAAAUGGCGGCCUUCAAAAGGGCGUGGUCGGCUUUAGUUCAGGCAAUCAUGCCCAAGCCCUUGCUCUUGCAGCCAAAGAGAGUGGAAUGCCUGCUUAUAUAGUCAUGCCCGACAUUGUACGUCCCAACAAGGUUGCCGCAACAAAGGGCUAUGGAGCUGAGGUCACUCUUUGUGACCGGUUUGAACGAGAAGCUGUCGCUGCCAAGAUCGUGGCUGAGAAGGGUGCUCGCCUGGUCCCGCCUUUUGACCACCCUGAUAUAAUCCUCGGCCAAGGAACCGCUGGACUCGAGUUCCAAGAACAAGUCAAGGAGCUUGAUGCUAUCCUUGCCCCAGCUAGUGGUGGUGGUUUGCUUUCUGGCGUCGCUCUUAGCUGUGAGAACACCGGCAUCCGCGUGUUUGGUGUGGAGCCAGAGUUCGAGGGUGCAGACGACAUUCGUCGCGGGUUUCAGACCGGCGAGAGGAUCACGUUCGUGAAGAGUGACACUAUCGCCGAUGGAUUACUUGGUGUUGUUGGGGUCCACACGUGGAAUCUCAUAUACACACGAAAGCUGGUGGCAGCUAUGUACGCAGUGACAGAAGACCAGAUCCUUGAGGCAACCAGGCUUAUACUGGAGAGACUGAAAGUUGUGGUGGAGCCUGCCUCGGCUGUUGCAUUAGCUGUUGUGCUCUAUAACGAAGAGUUUAGGGCUAUGGUUGAGCGAGAGGCUGGCGAGGCUGGAUGGGAUGUCGGUAUUGUAUUGAGCGUUCAACUACCCGCCGGAAGCACAAAGGGGUUUGCCAACUAUCCUCACGGACGAAUCGCCCCUGCUGGAUCCCGCACUCUCUAUAUUUCAGGCACAUCAUCAAGGCGCGCCGAUGGGACUUUCGAUGGAGUGACCGUCAAGGCGGAUGGAAGCUUGUCUUUCAGCGCUGAGGAACAGACAACGGCCAUUCUAAAGAAAAUCGAGGCCAUCAUAAAGCAGGCAACAGGAGGCACCGGCGGUCUUGAAAAUAUAAUUGAUGCCACUAUCUUCCUGGUCAAUAUCACGGGCGACUAUGCUGGAAUGAAUGCUGUUUGGAACAGCUUUUUCCCAGAUGCAAAUGCCGCACCCGCCCGCACGACCAUCGAGGUCAAAGCACUGCCCAGCCCCAAGCUCAUCGUCGAGAUCAAGUAUAUCAGCACAUGCCCAAGUCUGUCAAGAACCUCUGUGCAAGAAGCAGCACACAGAAUCAAAGGAAAACUACACCGAACUCCAGUCCUCUCUAGUAGCUAUGUCGACAGCAUUGCCAGUAGUCCCCAGACUACCGCAGCGCUGAAAGGGACGCCGUGGGAAGGACAGGAGCCAUCUAGGCCUCGAAUUCAUAUACUCUUCAAGUGCGAGAACCUGCAAAAGGUUGGGGCAUUCAAGCCUAGGGGUGCAUUCAAUGCCAUGCUCCGGUAUCUAGAGGAGCAAAAAGCCCAAGGAAAUGAUCCGACAGACCAAAACAGCCCAGUUCGUUUCGUAACUCACUCUUCUGGUAAUCAUGCUCAAGGUGUUUCUCUCGCUGCCAAAGAACUUGGAUACCCAGCUCACGUGGUGAUGCCAUCCAUCUCCAUGCCGGGCAAAAUCGCUGCAACCAAAGAUUACGGGGCAACGGUACACUUCAGCGGCCCAACACCACCAGAAAGAUUUGUAAUCGUGGACAGGUUAAUGGAUGAGCCGGGCUACAGAAGCGUUUUUAUUCCACCAUAUGAUCACCCUGAUACUCUCCUCGGCCAAGGAACCCUGGGGCUGGAACUUCAAGAACAGGCCGAUGAACUCCUUCCUGGAAGCGAAAGGUUACAUGGAAUCAUCACACCCUGCGGCGGUGGUGGGCUGUUGAGCGGGGUGGCAUUGAGUUGCCAGGGAACAGGAAUCAAGGUCUUUGGUGCAGAGCCAUCAUUUGAGGGGGCCGAUGACUGCCGCCGCGGACUUCUCGCCGGCCACCGAGUCGAACAAGUCAGAAGCCUGACAAUCGCUGAUGGUCUACGGACGCCUGUGGGGGAGAUUCCAUGGAAGAUCAUCAGCAACACAGACAAUGUCCAGGGCGUAUUUUCAGUGACCGAAGAUCAGAUACGCUCCGCUCUAGAAUUAGUGCUACAGCGCAUGAAGAUCGUUAUCGAACCAAGUUCGGCCGUUCCGCUCGCCGUGGUGCUUUAUAACGAGGAUUUCCGACGACUUAUAGAGACUCAAUGUGGCGACAGCACCUUCAAUCUGGGUCUGGUAAUCAGUGGCGGAAACGUAGAGUUGAGAAGAUUGGCUGAGUUGGUCGGGUGA